CUAAUAUUUAAGAAAAAGUCAAAAGUGUCCAUUUUACCCCAACCUCCCCUAAUCGAGCUGAAAAAGCUAGAAGAGCCACGAAGAAAUACCGUACUAAAGAAAUUCCUUCGACGUGACGAGCCCCUUGUCCUCAUGUCUCCCGGCGAGAUAUUCGAGAUCGAGAUUCGAGUCCAAUUCGAAAUAUAACGAAUGAGACCCCGCGAGAGCCCGCAAAAUGCCACAGAACGAGUACAUCGAGCGUCACCGUAAGCUCUACGGUCGCAGACUCGACUAUGAAGAGCGUAAGCGCAAACGAGAGGCGCGUGAGCCCCACAAGAGGGCCCAGAUGGCCCGCAGCCUGCGGGGCAUCAAAGCCAAGAUCUUCAACAAAGAGAGGCGAAACGAGAAGAUCCAGAUGAAGAAGAAGAUCAAGGCCCACGAGGAGAAGAAGGUCAAGGAGAAGAACGAGGCGGCCCCUGAGGGCGCUCUCCCCGUCUAUCUCCUGGAUCGCGACGUCACACAGCGCUCCAAGGUCCUCUCGAACAUGAUCAAGCAGAAGAGGAAGGAGAAGGCCGGGAAGUGGGACGUGCCCAUACCCAAGGUCAAGGCGCAAUCGGAGUCUGAGGUCUUCAAGGUCGUCAAGACUGGGAAGUCGAGGCGGAAGUCGUGGAAGAGAAUGGUCACGAAGGUGACGUACGUCGGGGAGAACUUCACCAGGAAGCCACCCAAGUUCGAGAGGUUCAUCAGGCCCAUGGCGUUGAGGUUCAAGAAGGCACAUGUCACACAUCCCGAGCUGAAGGCCACAUUCUGCCUACCGAUUAUUGGAGUGAAGAAGAAUCCGAGCUCGGCGAUGUAUACGUCACUGGGGGUCAUUACUAAGGGCACUGUCAUCGAGGUCAACAUCUCGGAGUUGGGUCUGGUGACGCAGUCGGGGAAGGUCGUCUGGGGGAAGUUUGCGCAGGUUACGAAUAAUCCGGAGAAUGAUGGCUGUAUCAAUGCGGUUUUGCUGGUUUAGACAUGAGGCUUGUGGAGUUUGAGUUUGUAAUUAGUGGGGGGAUGAGGGAAUAAAGAGAUGAUUUUUUAAGGUGA